AGCUUGGGCUGGCGCUGCCUGCCUCCCCACUCCCUGUGGGCUUUGCUGGCACCCAGCAGCCUCCAGGGACGUGCAGAGAGUAGGGCUGAGAGGUUGUUGGCAAAUCACCAUCUUGCUGAAAAGCGUGUUUCCAAAGCAGGAUUUAUAGCAUUGGCUUCGAAUCACCGCCAGGCUUUGGCCAGAGAACAAAAUGGAGUAGCCAAGCCUGUGUGGAGGAACGGCCCAGGGUGCAUCCCCCUUCCCCCUAGACUCUAAAUGUGGGGUGUGGGGCUCUCAGGUGCUUGGCAGGCUCUGGGGAGGUGCGGCGUGUCCUACAGCCCCUUCCCUGUACCUGGACUCCUGGGCACCAGUCAGCUGUGGGCCAAGCUCAGCUGUGAACAGUGGGUAAAGCCGAGGCAGCUUAUGUGUUUCCCAAGCACAUUUGGGCUCAGUGAACGUGCAAACCCCCCAGGCACAGCUGGGGAUGGGACCAGUCCCAAAGGACUCUGGCAGUCGCGGCCCCUUGUCACUCUAUGCUGCUCACUGGGGCUGGGAAUGGCAGUUCAGGGAGCACUGGACCAUGGUAGGGCCUUUGCCCCGUCCUGCUGGGCAGGAAUUUGCCCUGCAGAGCAACAGCACUGGGUUCAAGGCCAAGAUAACCCCCAAGGCUGCCCCUUUUCCCACUGCUCUCAGGACUGUGCUUGGGGCCUGCCUACGCAAGGUGGGGCCAAGCACCCCCUGUCCUACAGUCCUUGUUGGUCCAUCACCCCAGCCACAUCCCACUGGGUUCUCCCUGGAGCACAACAGGGGCUGGGGGGCUCUUGGGCCCCUACCUGCCUGCCCAGCAGCUUCCUGGCGUACAGGCUGGGGUGGCACGUGCCACCCUGCUGAGCACCAGGCAGAAUGCAGCCCUGUUGUCUUCUCAGCACUGAGCCAGGUCUCCAGCUCCCCUGCAAGCCCCCAGCAAAGCUCUGCCAGGGUCAAUGCCUUGCUGUGGGCAGCACCGGUGGGGCAGUGCUGGGUGCGUGCCCCUGUCCUGCCCAGCCUCCCCGCAAGCCCUGGCAUGCAGCAUCCAGCCCUGCGCCAAGGCAUCCCCUACUCUGGCCCCCCACCAACUCCUCCCCGUGCCCGGAAGCCCUGGGAAAAGUUCCGCCGUGAAAGCAAAGUCCAGGCUGCCGGGCGCAGGGCAGCCAUGGCUGGGCACUGCGGGGCGAUGGCAACUGGGCUCCGGACAAGACUGGGCGCUGGCUGCCUUCCCCGCUGGCUGCAGGGCUGGCGUCUGUCCCUGCGGCUGGCCCAUGCUGGGGCUGCAGACCGGCUGCAGCGGGAGUACGACGCCGUGGUGAUCGGGGCAGGGCACAACGGGCUGGUGGCAGCUGCCUACCUGCAGCGAGCAGGGCUGCGCACGGCCGUGCUGGAGAAACGCCACGUGCUGGGCGGCGCGGCCGUCACUGAGGAGAUCGUGCCAGGCUUCAAGUUCUCCCGGGCAUCCUACCUGCUCAGCCUGCUGAGGCCGCAGAUCUACGCGGAGCUGGAGCUGCAGCAGCAUGGCUUGAGGGUGCUCCCGCGGGACCCCUACUCCUUCACCCCACUGCUGGAAGACAGGAGCCCCCCCCGCUCCCUCCUGCUGGGGCAUGAUAUGGCUCAGACCCAGCGGCAGAUUGCUCAGUUCUCCCAGAAGGAUGCCCAGGUUUACCCUGAGUAUGAGGCGUUCAUGGGGCGCUUGGUCUCAGCCCUUGACCCGCUGCUGGAUGCCCCCCCGGUGAAUACAGCUGCCCUGGGGCAGGGGUCCCUGCUCCAGCAGCUCAGGGCCCUGCAAGCUCUGCGGCCCCUGCUGCGGGCAGGGCUGGCGCUGGGGCGGCAGCUGCCCCGCUAUUACGAGGUGCUCACAGCCCCCAUCUCCAAGAUCCUGGAUCAGUGGUUUGAGUCGGAGCCCCUGAAGGCGACUCUGGCUACUGACGCGGUGAUUGGAGCCAUGGCCAGCCCCCACACCCCUGGCAGUGGGUAUGUGCUGUUGCACCAUGUGAUGGGCGAGCUGGAGGGACGACGAGGGGCCUGGGGCUACGUGGCUGGAGGGAUGGGGGCCCUGUCCCAAGCCCUUGCCAAUGCAGCGGCUUCCCGGGGAGCCCACAUCUUUGCUGAGAAGGCAGUGUGCCAUGUGCUGCUGGGCAGGGAUGGGCGGGCGCAGGGGAUCGCGCUGCAGGAUGGGACAGAGGUGAGGAGCAAACUGGUGCUGUCCAACGCCUCCCCCCAAAUCACCUUCCUGGAGCUCAUCCCCCAGGAGCAGCUGCCAGAGGAUUUUGUCCAGCGGAUCCGGCAGAUUGACACACGCUCCCCCGUCACCAAGAUCAACGUGGCGGUGGAUCGGCUGCCCAGCUUCCUGGCCGCCCCCAAUGCCCACGACGGCCAACCCCUGCCCCACCACCAGUGCUCCAUCCAUCUCAACUGCGAGAGCACCCACCUCCUGCACCAGGCCUUCACUGAGGCCACCCACGGGCACCCCUCCAGCAGGCCCAUGAUUGAGCUCUGUAUCCCCUCGGCACUGGACCCAGGACUGGCCCCACAGGGCUGCCACGUCGUGUCCCUCUUCACCCAAUACACCCCCUCUGUGCUGGUGGGUGGGCGGCCCUGGGACGAGCAGGCCAGAAAUGCAUACGCGGACACGGUGUUUGACUGCAUCGAAGCCUAUGCCCCGGGGUUCAAGGCAUCCGUCAUUGGCAGGGACAUCCUGACACCACCAGACCUGGAGAGGAUCUUCGGGCUGCCCGGUGGGAACAUCUUCCAUGGAGGGAUGUCUCUGGACCAGCUGUACUUUGCCCGGCCGGCACCAUCCUACUCAGGCUACCGGUCCCCAAUUUCUGGCUUGUACCUGUGUGGAAGUGGAGCCCACCCUGGGGGAGGAGUGAUGGGAGCAGCGGGACGCAAUGCCGCCCAGGUGGCCCUCGAGGACUUCAGGCGCCUGUGAUGGCAGUGGUGACUGACUUCACCUAUGCAGAGUUGUGGCUGCAGCAGGCCGUGUUGACCCCGUGCAAAGCCCUGCCCUUCCCCAACUCGCUUCCCAGGCACUGCAGGGCAGCAGCAUCCCCUGAGAGCUGGGGGGUGCAGGCUGGAAGGGUCCCUUGUGCUCCCAGCUGCUACCGUCACCUCAAACACGUGGCUGCUCUCAGGCUGCCACAGCCACAGCCCAGCCUUGCAUCAGGUGCCCGUGGCAAGUCGUCUCACUCAGCCCCUGCCUGCGCCUGUGGAAAUAAACCCUGGCCCAGGCUCUGUCUUGAGAA